AUGGGUGACGACGAACAGGAAAACACCCCGAAGUCAGACGUCUCGCAGCCACUCGCAAGUAUGGCAGAGGAACACGUUCGCGGAAAUGAUGCCAGCGAAGAAAUCGCCAACAUAACAGUAAAGCUACCGCCAUUUUGGCACGCAAACCCAAGCUUAUGGAUCGCACAAGUUGAAUCCCGUUUCAUUGCCGCUCGAAUCAAAAACGACGCGACAAAGCACCACACUGUCAUAGCCGCUAUCGAGAGCAACGUACUGGCACAAACCAGCGAUAUUAUUUUAAAUCCGCCAACAACCGACAUGUACGAAACCCUAAAAGCACACAUAGUAGAACGAUUCGCCGAAUCCGAACCAAGUCGAAUUAAAAAAUUGCUGCAAGAACUGGAACUAGGAGACAUGCGCCCAUCGCAACUGCUUAGGGAGAUGCGAAACCUCGCCGGCAACGCGAUGAACGACUCCAUGCUGAAAUCGGUGUGGCUUAAUCGACUCCCACCCGACGUACGAUCAAUAAUUUCCAUCAGUUCGGAACCAUUAGACAAAGUCGCAUGUUUAGCAGAUAAAAUCACGGAGGUUAGGGACGGCCCGCAAUGGCACGCGGUAUCGAAUGCAGUCAAUGCGGCACCUAACUACACCUUAGCACAGCAAAUCGAACAACUUUCGAAAGAGAUUACAAUUCUAAAAUCGCGCGUAUCUUCACAGUCACGCAACCGCAACAGGAGUUCGUCGCGCAACAGACCACGCACGCCUGAGUUGACUGCAGAAACAUGCUGGUACCAUUUUAAGUUCGGCGAUAACGCAAAAAAGUGCAGUCCACCGUGUACCAAGUUGUUAAACUAA